AUGCAAAUUGAGUAUGCCUUGAACGCGGUCAAAAAUGGGCAGCCUUCGGUGGGAUUGAGAGCUAAGGAUGGUGUGGUGUUGUCAACCGAAAAUAUCGCAUCGGUGCUAUUUGAGGAUCAACCGAAAAUAGAGAAAAUUAGCCAGCAUAUUGGAUGCGUGUAUAGUGGAAUGGGUCCCGACUUCCGCAUCUUAGUCAAACGAGCGCGAAAAAUUGCCAUGGAAUAUGAACUUAUGUAUGGAGAAGAAAUACCCACCACCCAACUCGUUACUCAAAUCGCAGCUGUUAUGCAGGAAUACACCCAAUCAGGAGGAGUUCGUCCAUUUGGGGUUUCUUUGUUGGUAGCUGGAUGGGAUGAAACACCUGGUCGACCGCUGCUUUUCCAAAGUGAUCCAUCGGGAGCCUAUUUUGCUUGGAAGGCAACUGCAUUGGGGAAGAAUGAUGUAAACGCGAAAACGUUUCUCGAGAAACGCUAUAGUGAAGCACUCGAGCUAGAUGAUGGAAUUCAUACAGCCUUGUUGACCCUCAGGGAAUCAUUUGAUGUUGGGAUGACCGAGGACAAUGUAGAGGUGACACUUCAUCUUAUUGCUACAAUGAGCAAACACGCAUACACACGCCGUUAA